GUUAAUCCUGCAAUUUUAUUUCUUGGACAGAAAAUAAAAAAUGAAAUGGAAAUGUUUCUGUUGUGUCUUCCCCAAAGAAGCACAACCCACGAUGAUCAGUUCAAGUAACGAAAAGGAUUAUCCAUGGGAGAGAUACACCCUCAAAGAGCUUCUUCAUGCAACCAAUAAUUUUCAUAAUGAUAAUAAAAUUGGAGAAGGUGGAUUUGGAAGUGUUUAUUGGGGUCGAACAAGUAAAGGCGAUGAGGCAAUCAUCUUUUAUUGCAUGUAGAUAGCGGUGAAACGACUCAAGGCGAUGACUGCAAAGGCGGAGAUGGAAUUUGCAGUAGAAGUAGAGAUACUUGGGAGAGUACGGCACAAGAACUUAUUAGGUUUAAGAGGAUUUUACGCAGGCGGCGACGAAAGACUUAUAGUCUAUGAUUAUAUGCCUAAUCAUAGCUUAAUCACUCAUUUACAUGGCCAACUCGCUUCAGAUUGUUUGCUGGAUUGGACCAAAAGAAUCAAAAUUGCCAUUGGCUCAGCUGAAGGAUUAGCGUACUUGCACCAUAAGGCUAAUCCUCAUAUAAUCCAUAGAGACAUAAAGGCCAGCAACGUUCUUUUAGAUAAAGAAUUUAAAGCAAAAGUUGCAGAUUUUGGAUUUGCAAAGCUAAUACCAGACGGUGUUACUCAUUUGACCACAAGAGUAAAAGGAACUCUUGGCUAUUUAGCUCCUGAAUAUGCCAUGUGGGGAAAAGUUUCUGAAAGUUGUGAUGUAUAUAGCUACGGAAUUUUACUACUAGAAAUCAUUAGCGCCAAGAAACCAUUAGAGAAACUUCCUGGAGGCAUUAAGCGAGAUAUUGUCCAAUGGGUCACACCAUAUGUUCAAAAAGGAGCACUUAAUCACAUUGCUGAUCCUAAAUUAAGAGGUAAAUAUGAUUUAGCUCAGCUUAAAUCAUCCAUUAUAGUCGCUAUGAGAUGCACUGAUAGCAAUCCUGAGAAUAGGCCUACCAUGUUAGAGGUUGUAGAUUGGCUUAAGGGUGGAUUCACAAGAAGGACAAAAGAGGUUUCUUAUUUGCAAGAUGACCAAGAAAACAACGAUGAUGACACAGAUUACGAUGAUCAUGAAGGAUUAGGAAUGAAAAAUUUCGAUGUGCGAAGAAAAAAAUAGGUAAUGUCGAAAUCAAAAUGGAUAUUUAAUUUUUAGGGUUUUUUAUUAUUAUUUAUUCAAUGUAAUCUUGAAUUUGAUCAAGACGUUCCUGUUGAGUAUUUUCAUAAGUGAUUGUAAAUAAACAUCCAAGUUGGAAAGAAACAAUGUGAUUUGGGCA